GUCCUACUUUCCUGUUUGGACCCCUGCCUUCUGCAACUCAUUCCUCAGCACCCCUCAAGAGCCCCCACUUUAGUAGAGCCUCUGAGUCACAGUCCUGAGUUCAGAUUCUGCCUGCAACCACUUACUGGCUGUGUGACUCUGGACAAGCUGCUUAAUCCCUUUGAGCCUUAGCUUCUGUUUCUAUAAAAUGAGUAUGAUAACAGAACCCACCCCGAUGCUGGUGUAAAGAUGUAAAUGAGUUAAUACAUGUGGGAUGCUUAGAUUAGAGGCUGGCCCCAGGUAAGCACUUAAUAGUUGGUCAUUGUUGUAAUUCUACACACAUCAGAAAUCAAAUCUGCCAGCCCUCUCCCCACUCUGGGCCUUUAUCUGGAUGUUCUUUGUCUGCCUCUUCAUUUCCCCACUUCACCUGACUGGGUCCUACUCAGUUGUCACCUCUUUGAGAUGCCUCCUGAUACCCAGGCAGGGUAAAGCACCUCCCCGCCCUGUAUUUCUGCUGUAUCACUUCUUAAGCCAGGGAGACUAAGCACCUGGACCACUGGACCAUGUGCUCUCUUUUUGGGUCCCAGAGCCUGUUCUGGGUACACAGUAGGUGCUCAGUGAAUGUUUUCCAUGUCCAGAUUCCCUGCAGUCCACUGUAAUCUCAUUCAGUCCUCCUGGGUAGUAGUGACUGUUCUUCCUAUUCUCCAAAGGCCUGGAGAGGUGAUGUGACUUGCCCAAGGUCACACAGCCGGCCAGUGGCCGACAAUGAGAUCUGCACCACUGUCUAGGGCCUCAAGUCCAAGCUCCAGGAGGGGGAACUGGCCUCCAACUAGAGCCUGAGAAGCCUUUUCAGGCUGCUCUGCCAGCGGCCCUGAGAACACUUAAAACCACCCCAAGCAUAUGAGGAUGGUGUCUAUUUUUAAAGUCUAAAUACCAUGGGAGCUGGGUCCUGCUGACCAGCUGUCCAGGCACCCAUGUGGCUGAAUGUUUAGCUGAAUUGCCUCUAGGGUUUCUCUGGAAUGAAACUGAGACUGUGUUACUGUGUCCUGUGGCUUCUGGAGGUGGCUGGUGACUGCAAGUGGGGGUCCCAGGCAGGUAGAAGAAGUUUUUGAUCCCUGUUGUCCCUAGGCCCCGACUCUGUGGCCAGGGGGUGACUCUGUUCCUACUCAGACUCCAACUGAGGGGUCUUGCAGGAAUUUCCACAUCAUUUCUUUUCUGGCCCCCCUGCAGAUUUGGAAUUCUCAUGCUAGGGAUCAGAUGCAAGCUGCACUUGCAACCUGUGCUGUAGCUGCAGCAACACUGGAUCCUUUAAUCCAUUCUGCCGAGCCAGGGAUUGAACCUGCGUCUCAGUGCCCCAGAGAUGCCACCAAUCCUAUUGCACUGCAGGGGGACCUCCUCCCACAUCAUUUCUUGAAAAUACAGUCAUAUUGGUUAACAUGGGUUGAGGAGCCAGGAGACCUGACUGGUGGGCUGAUUCUCUUCCCAACUUGCUGUGCGGUCCUGGGUGGUUCUCACAACCUCUAGGGGUCUAGUUUCCUCAUCUACCUCAUGCUAAAAGCUGGUUGUCUUAUUGAAACCUCCCAAGGAUGUUAUGAAUUGGGGCAAAGAAAAUUCCCCUUUUAUAAAUGGAAAAAUUGAGGCUGAGAGAGAAGUUAAUUGCUCAAGGUCACCCAGGUGAUAAGUGGCAGGGCCCGUAUAUUUACUUAAAGCCAAACUUCAGUGCCCAAGCUCUUAUCUACCAAGUGAUAUAUAAUCCUGUAUACCCUGCUUUUACCACCUCCACACACAUAUGCAUCUCAGAGAGUUGUGAGUAUCUCAGAGUUCCUGUUUGCAGGAACUUGGGGUAUCUGAACACUGAGGCCUAUUUCAGAAGGAUUGGCUUCUGAGUUUGGAUUUCCACACAGCAGUUUGGCCCUGAGCCCUGUUAGGGGCUAGCUUUGACCUUCCCUCUCCUCCUGUCCUCAGCUUGCCUCAUCGGGCCCUCUUUGAACCUGUUGUUUGCUGGGCCUGGAGUCCCAGAGUUGAACUGACCUCUGUGAGUUCACGGUUUAAUGGGGGAGACACUGGUGAUCAGGCUUGCAGUGCACUGUGAGAUGCUAUGAUGGAGAGGGCCCUCCCCAGGGGAACCGAGUGUGCUUAGAGUGUGCAGGUGAGGAAUAAGGCAGGGUGGUCAGAGGAGUCUUCUCUGAGAAUGGGACAUUUGAGCUGGGCCCUUGACAGAUGAAUAGGAGUUCUGUAGGUGGAGAAGAAAGAGGAGGGCAGGAGGCCUGUCUUGGGCAAAGGAGCACAUCCCUUGGAUUGCCUGGCUGGGCUGAGUCUCCCUGAACUGCAGCAGAAACACAGCUUCAGGACCCUGCCUGCCUUCUCUGAACAUUGUCUCAGCUGGACAGUCUUAGGAGUUUGUGUGCCUACCCCAGUCCUGUUCUGGCUCAGAACCAGUUUGCUUCCUUCACCUUACCUUGGCUGCUUCUGCAGUGGCCAGGCUCAGAGGUAGGCAUAGUGUGCCCUGCCAUCCCCUCCUUGCUUUGAACCCAGCUGCCUUCUCUAGGCAGCUUGAGGCUUAUCCCAGCUGUUCAAAAUAAAUAGCUAUGACAUCGACAGGGGCCCUCCCUGCAGGGCCCUGGGAGCCACUGUGACAUCUAGCAGCAGUCCUGCAAAGGUUCAUGGCCACCAGUGACCUGAUGUCAGAGCUGCAGAAGGACUCCAUCCAGCUGGACGAGGACAGUGAGCGCAAGGUAGUAAAGAUGCUGCUUAGGCUCCUGGAGGACAAGAACGGGGAGGUGCAGAACCUGGCGGUCAAGUGCCUGGGGCCUCUGGUGGGCAAAGUGAAGGAGUACCAGGUAGAGACCAUCGUGGAUGCCCUCUGUGCCAACAUGCGUUCGGACAAGGAGCAGCUUCGGGACAUCGCGGGCAUUGGCCUCAAGACCGUGCUGUCAGAGCUCCCCCCUGCAGCCACAGGCUCUGGCCUGGCAACCAACGUGUGCCGGAAGAUCACAGGCCAGCUCACCAGUGCCAUCGCUCAGCAGGAGGAUGUGGCUGUGCAACUGGAAGCCCUGGACAUCCUCUCUGACAUGCUAAGCAGGCUGGGCGCCCCACUGGGCGCCUUCCACGCCAGCCUCCUGCACUGUCUGCUGCCUCAGCUGAGCAGCCCGCGCCUGGCCGUGCGCAAGCGGGCGGUGGGGGCGCUCGGCCACCUGGCGGCUGCCUGCAGUACCGACCUCUUCACUGAGCUCGCUGACCACCUGCUAGACCGGCUGCCUGGCCCGCGUGCGCCCACCAGCCCCGCAGCCCUCCGCACCGUGAUCCAGUGUUUGGGCAGUGUCGGCCGCCAGGCAGGCCACCGCCUCGGGGCUCACCUGGACCGGCUGGUGCCCUUAGUGGAGGAGUUCUGCAACCUGGACGAUGAUGAGCUUCGGGAGUCCUGCCUCCAGGCCUUUGAGGCCUUCCUGAGGAAGUGCCCCAAGGAGAUGGGCCCUCAUGUGCCCAACGUGACCAGCCUCUGCCUUCAGUACAUAAAGCACGACCCCAACUAUAACUAUGACAGUGACGAGGACGAGGAGCAGAUGGAGACGGAGGAUAGUGAAUUCAGUGAGCAAGAGAGUGAGGAUGAGUACAGCGAUGACGACGACAUGAGCUGGAAGGUGCGCCGGGCGGCGGCCAAGUGCCUGGCGGCCUUGAUCGGCUCGCGGCCGGACCUGCUGCAUGACUUCCACUGCACCCUGGCGCCUGUGCUUAUCCGCCGCUUCAAGGAACGCGAGGAGAAUGUUAAGGCCGACGUGUUCGGGGCUUACAUCGUGCUGCUGCGGCAGACGCGGCCCCCAAAGGGCUGGCUGGAGGGCGUGGAGGAGCCCACCCAGACCGGCAGCAACCUCCACAUACUUCGAGGACAGGUGCCUCUUGUGAUCAAGGCCCUUCAGCGGCAGCUUAAAGAUCGGAGUAUCAGGGCCCGCCAGGGGUGCUUCAGCCUCCUCACCGAGCUGGCGGGUGUCCUCCCGGGCAGCCUGGCAGAACACAUGCCCGUGCUGGUAGCAGGCAUCGUCUUCUCACUGGCGGACCGCUCCAGCUCCUCCACCAUCCGGAUGGAUGCCCUGGCCUUCCUGCAGGGGCUGCUGGGCACGGAGCCGGCUGAGGCUUUCCACACCCACCUGCCCACUCUCCUGCCACCUGUGAUGGCCUGCGUGGCUGACCCUUUCUACAAGAUCGCAGCUGAGGCCCUGCUAGUACUCCAGGAGCUGGUGAAGGCCCUGUGGCCAUUGGACAGGCCUCGGACGCUGGACCCGGAGCCCUACAUUGGAGAGAUGUCUGCAGCCACCUUGGCCCGGCUUCGUGCUACCGACCUGGACCAGGAGGUGAAGGAGCGGGCCAUCUCCUGCAUGGGCCACCUUGUGGGCCACCUGGGUGACCGGCUUGGGGAUGACCUGGAGCCGUCACUGUUGCUCCUCCUGGACCGUCUGCGGAAUGAGAUCACCCGGCUUUCCGCCGUCAAGGCGCUGACGCUGGUGGCUGUGUCCCCGCUGCGGAUUGACCUGCAGCUCAUCCUGGCUGAGGCGUUGCCCAUCCUGGCCUCGUUCCUGCGCAAGAACCAGCGGGCGCUGCGGCUGGCCACCCUGGCAGCCCUGGAUGCCCUGGCCCGGAGCCAGGGCCUCAGCCUCCCACCCCCCGCUGUGCGGACCGUGUUGGCUGAGCUGCCUGCCCUGGUCAGUGAGAGCGACAUGCAUGUGGCCCAGCUGGCUGUGGACUUCCUCGCCACUGUGACCCAUGCCCAGCCAGCCUCAUUGGCCGAGGUCAGUGGUCCUGUGCUCUCUGAGUUGCUGCGGUUGCUACGCUCACCCCUGCUGCCGGCUGGUGUGCUGGCAGCCGCCGAAGGCUUCCUGCAGGCUCUGGUAGGGACGCGGCCACCGUGCGUGAACUACGCAGAACUCAUCAGCCUGCUCACUGCACCUGUUUACAACCAACCCGUGGACAGCGGGCCUGGCCUGCACAAGCAGGUGUUCCACUCGCUGGCACGGUGUGUGGCAGCCCUUGCAGCAGCCUGUCCCCAGGAGGCAGCAGGCACAGCCAAGCGCCUGGUCUGUGAUGCCAGGUCACCCAGCUCCAGCACGGGGGUCAAGGUCCUGGCGUUCCUGUCGCUGGCUGAGGUGGGCCAGGUGGCUGGGCCGGGACCCCAGCGGGAGCUGAAGGCAGUGCUGCUAGAAGCCUUGGGCUCGCCCAGCGAGGACGUGAGGGCAGCCGCCUCCUAUGCGCUGGGCCGCGUGGGUGCAGGGAACCUGCCCGACUUCCUUCCCUUUCUGCUGGGGCAGAUCGAGGCUGAGCCCCGGCGGCAGUACCUGCUGCUGCACUCGCUCCGGGAGGCCCUGGGCGCUGCCCCACCUGACAGCCUGAAGCCCUACGCUGAGGACAUCUGGGCCUUGCUGUUCCAGCGCUGCGAGGGUGCUGAAGAGGGCACCCGGGGGGUGGUAGCCGAGUGCAUCGGAAAGCUCGUCCUUGUGAACCCUCCGUUCCUUCUGCCCCGGUUCCGGAAGCAACUUGCUGCAGGUCAGCCUCACACUCGCAGCACUGUCAUCACAGCAGUGAAGUUCCUCAUCUCGGACCAGCCCCACCCAAUUGACCCCCUCCUGAAGAGCUUCAUCGGAGAAUUCAUGGAGAGCCUGCAGGACCCAGACCUGAACGUGCGCCGGGCUACGCUGGCUUUCUUCAACUCUGCUGUGCACAAUAAGCCCUCGCUGGUCCGAGACCUGCUGGAUGACAUCCUGCCCCUGCUCUACCAGGAGACCAAGAUCCGCCGGGACCUCAUCCGAGAGGUGGAGAUGGGGCCUUUUAAGCACACAGUGGACGAUGGGCUGGAUGUGAGGAAGGCGGCCUUUGAAUGCAUGUACUCGCUGCUUGAGAGCUGCCUGGGCCAGCUGGACAUCUGCGAGUUCCUGAACCACUUGGAGGAUGGCCUGAAGGACCACUAUGAUAUCCGGAUGCUGACCUUCAUCAUGCUUGCACGACUGGCUACGCUGUGUCCUGUGCCUGUCCUGCAGAGGGUGGACCGGCUCAUUGAGCCCCUCAGGGCCACAUGCACCGCCAAGGUCAAAGCUGGUUCUGUGAAGCAGGAAUUUGAGAAGCAAGAUGAAUUGAAGCGCUCUGCAAUGAGGGCAGUGGCUGCCCUGCUGACCAUCCCUGAAGUGGGGAAGAGCCCCAUCAUGGCCGACUUCUCAUCCCAAAUCCGCUCCAACCCUGAGCUGACCACCCUCUUUGAAAGCAUCCAGAAGGAUUCUGCAUCAGCCCCCAGCACAGACUCCAUGGAGCUCAGCUAGUGCUCCCCGGCCCAAGAACCCCCACUCACAAGGAGCCUCACGCACCCACCCCCACAGGCCUCUACUCCUGCCCUUUACUCAUCUCACUGGGGGCCCCCCUUGCUCCCAGUUGGGGGGGGGAGGAGGGGUUUACAGUGCCUUCUCUGUUGGCCCCCAAUCAGAGCUGCAAGGCUGCCAACAGUUGGCCCCUUUGACUCAGGACAGUCGCUCAAUCAACAGGGUGAUAGUUCUUCUAAGCCUCUUCCAUGGAGCUGGAUGACUUCACAGGGUCAGCCUGGCUCCUUCAAGCCAUGGGAGUCUCUGCCUCAGAGGUCUUCGUAUUUAUAAACACUCUUGUGCUCACGGCUCUGAAAGGUCAGGAAGGUGCAGACUGGCCUUCCUCCCCGACUGGAGUCCCAUGUUGCUCAUUUCACCUGAUUUGCCAAAAAUUAGUGCUUUGCCAGACAUCUUAAUGCAGAUACUCCUGGGUUAUCCACAUUUUUGAAUCCGAGAUGCUUUAUUUCAAAUUGGCAGUAAUAAAUCCAAAAUGCAUAGUACUUCUUGCAAGGGGGGUGGGGCAUGGAAUUAGAUCUAAUUUUUUUUCCUAAUUCCAGAACUCUUAUGUAGCCAACUAGGAACAGGAAAGCACAAGGAAACAGUACGUAUCACCUUUCAUGUCCCCCACCUAGGUAGCCACAAGGUUUGUCCUGGGAAAAGUAUGGAGUAUGUCCAGUUUGUAGUAUCAAGGAUAGAAACAUUAAUCAACAGGCCAAAGAAUUUCCUGUGCUAUUCCAGGUUAAUAAAGUAGAGAUUCUAAAUUGC